UACACCUGGCCGGCAGCCCGCCUCCUACUACACUAUCCGAGCGUUUUGGGGGAUUUGUUUAUGAAAUUAUUCUGAUAUUUUCACAUCGGCGUUGCUGUUUCUGGCUCAAACACAUUUGGCGCCUGGAGGACGGGAUUGUGCCACACCGGAGCUUUUCGGCAGGACGAUGCAAGUGUUGGCUACUUCCACUGCAGAUUAGCCGCACACUUGCCUGUCAUGAGCAGAAUAUAAGCCUGUUGUGCAUGUGUGUGUGUCUGUGUAAAUCGGAUUGUUCAUAAAUGGCCAUCAGGCGUUCACCUCACCGCGUGCGCAAAUCCCUGUGAUGUGGAUGUGUCCCACUUUGUCAAGCUUUUAUAUGGCUGAAGCCGGACGUUCCCUAUCGAAAGGUCACACUUUGAGGAGUUAAAAGUUUCUAUUCUUCUUUUUUUGUGCCAUAAAAUACAUUUUCUGUCACACUACAAAUGAUGACUGAGAACAAUGAGAUGGACAGCGACCCGCAGCUCCAGCGCUCUCCAAGCACCAUGUCCAUCCAACCGGUGUCGUCCAAGCUCCAGAGACUGAAGCGCUCGCUGUCUUUCAAGAGCAUCAUGCGCAGUAAGAGCGUGGAGAACUUCUUCCAGAGGUCCUACAGUGACGCGCGGCUGCCCCCGGAUUUCAUCACCGACCCGCCGCCCCCCUCCCCACCUCUGCUGCCCGGUUCCCCCCUCGUCGGCGAGCGCUCCCCGUCCAUUUCCCCGUCGCUCAGCCCGAACCCGUCCGUCUGCUCCCACUCCCCGUCUCUCAGCCUGUCUCCAUCGCUGCCCACCAAGCCUCCGAGGCCGCAGAUUACCCACUGUUUCCAGGAGCACGUUUUUCGCAAGCCCACCAACUGCCAGCACUGCAAGCACAUGAUAGUGGGUAACUCCAAGCAGGCUCUUCGGUGUAAAACUUGCAAGAUGGCUGCUCACCUGUGGUGCACUUCAGAGCUGUCACAGCAGCCGUGUUACGGGAAGUCCGGUGCGUUCAAGCGGAACUUCAGCUCGCCGAUGCUCGUCAACGACCAACUGGCCGUCGUCAAGGAAGUCCAACCGAGCCAAGAGGCCGGGCGGGCGCGCGUAGACCCUGUGUACGCUGCUUUGCGCUAUGGGACGUCCUUGGCACAGAUGAGCCGCUCCAGUUUCGGCAGUGUGUCAGAGUCACCAACACGCAGCCUGGGGGAGGGAAGUGAGGACAGAGAGCAGAGGCAGUGCAGUAUGGAGGAAGAGAUAACUCCAGAGACGGGGGGUAAACAAUGCCAUAUGCCCAUGUCUCCUUCUGUAUGGAUUUGCAUAUUUAUAUUAUGUGUAUAUAUGUGCUUACAUGUGCACACGCAUAAGUUAACCUGUGUGGUGUGUGUGAGCAAGAGAAAGACACUGACAGAGGUUGUGGAAAAUUACAUGAAUGAUUGCAUGAGUGAGUGUGUGUGUGUGUGUGUGUGUCUGUGUGUGUGUGUGAGGCUUACGCUUUCUAAGCAAAUUUUCUUCCUACUGUCAGACACCGCUGUCCCUGAGAAUGAACCAGAAGAGGAGGAGAAUGCAGGCAGUGGGCAAACGCAGACUCCUGCAGAGGAAAGCAGUGUGAAGGUGCCCAAGCGAAUUGAGGUUCACGCCAUCCACACCUAUGUAGCGCUCUACAAGUUUCUGCCUCAGGAGCAGAAUGACCUGGAACUACAUCCUGGUGAUCGGGUGCAGGUCACCGACGACUCUAAUGAGGAGUGGUGGAAGGGCAAGAGUGGUGACAGGGUGGGCUUCUUCCCUGCUAACUUCGUCCAGAGGGUCCGACCCGGGGAGAGGGUGUGGAGGGUCACUCAGGGUGUGCAUGGCAGCCGAGAACUGGGCCACAUGUCUGUGAAGGAAUCUCAGAUCUGUGUCGGGAAGCAAGAGGACUGCGACGGCUAUCUGAAGCUGAGCAGUGGGAAGAAGAGAGGGCUGGUUCCAGCUGAGUCUAUAGAGGAGAUCUAAGGCUCUGUUCGCACGUUACCAUCCCUCCAUUUGCAUCUCCCCUUCCCCGGGGGCCACCCUGACUUUCAAGUUAUCACUGUCACCUUUCCCACCUAUCUUUGGCUAAAUGAUAGCUAAAGACUCUCCAAGCCAUCCAAACUGACUUAAGCCAAUCAAGCACAGAUGAACUGGACAGACACAGACAUUCAGAGAGAGAGUUGGAACAUUGGCCCAGGGUUUCUGCCAAUGAACUCGGGUUUUCCAGGCAACUUGGUUUGCUGUUCGUCUCUGAUAGAGUGUACUACAUGUAUGAAGCUAUGGAUUGUCAUCCUGCUCCAGGGAAGUUUCUCUACUGACUGGUCAUUCACACUUUAGUGUUUGUGUAGGCUUACGCAUCCUCCCAUCUUUGAAAUCAGAAAUCAUUGUGUAGUCAGGCAAACGGGGCACAAAUCAAAAGUAUUUUAAAUAUGGUUGCUGGAAGUCUAUUCAGAUUUUGGUUUCUUUUAUCAAAAUUUUGCUUCUGUUGUAGGAGGAGGUGGCUAUUACAUGGAUCAGGAGUCUUGUUGGUGGAACUUGAUACACCUAACAAUAUCUUUUUCUUUAUUUGUCCCACUCUCAAUCUGUUAUAUUUCACACAGGCCUCGUUCUCCGGUGGUGCUCUGUUGAUAUAACCAUUCAUCUAUUUGCCUCAGAACACUGAAAUUUGAUGCACUUAUGCCAAUCAGGGGUCUACCCUACGAUAUCUAGCCAUAGAGUGGUUUACCUCUACUCUGCAUUGACUUUCCUUCAGAAUGAAGACAAUAACAUUGUAGGAGACGGCAUUUUCUGACACUAGUAUGGCCUGAUGUGACCUGAACUGGUUACUGCCAUAAACCACUGUGACCACCGCUCCAAACACCUCAGUGCCAGGCUUGCAUCUCAGGGGAUAGCGGUGCUGCAGGAAUGCGCUGACUGCAGGGUCCUGCAAGGUGCUGGUAGCACUGGAGCCUUUAACUCUGCCCCCCAGACCUAAAUUGGUAAGUCAACGAGGCAGAAUGUCACAAGUCCUCCAAGGUAGCAUCCUGCUCCUGUACUUUUCCACCGGCUAUCUGACUCCUCUCUUCACGUGAGAGAAACAUUAGUGGCUGGUCAGCUGUCUUCUCAAAGCCCCAUCUCAAGCAACCAUCUGGAUUUGAGCAUUGAGGGUAGCGGGAUGUCUUGUUAGGUACCAGCUCAUUCAAGAAUCACAGGGAAAAGAUUCAUUACAUUUUAAGCAAAGUCUUGCCAACAAGUUCACCAACAGCCAAGCACGUUUCUUAGUCAACCUUCCCUGAGGUAUGGCACUUGAGCAUCUCUGAGAGAGACAGGAGACAGACAUGAGUGGCGAGUCUGAACAUCUUGUCCUUCCAACAAAAGAGUUUCUCUUCCUCUUCUUCCUAUGCCCAUUCUCAUGAUGUUGCCUGUACAUUGUCAUCUUUGUGUUAAACAAGAGACAGACAUGAACAGAGGGCUGUCUCCCUCAGGGCCCACAAAACUCUGUUCGUUAGGCUUCAUUUUUGAGCACCAUAAGCUCUAACAGAGAAUCCAUUUUGUCACACCACUGCCGUCUCUCUGUUCUCCACACUAGGGAGGCACAUGCUGUCUCAAAGCUCCCUUUCUCACAGCCCUGAGAGUGUUGAGGAUGGUGGACUUGCUGACUCGUACCCACCCCACUGCCUACAUGGCAGCGGAUGAAGGCAAGACACCAACUCGUCAGCAAUCAUGGGCGAAAUCCUGCUACCAUCCUCACACAGCCAGCUUGGUUGAGAACAAACCUCUUUGGCAGGAUCUGGAGUGGGUCCUACUUCCCAGCUUUAACUGAUAGUCAGCAACAGCUGCCGAGCAGACUCACCCUCUCCUCAGCAUACCUCCCUUCUACAAGGGAGGUAUGCUGCACCUUGCUUGAUGUCCCAUUUUAGCUCCCUAUUCAGGCUGUCCCACAAAGUUCAAGUGACCACAGCGGUCCUGCCCCAUUGACACCAUCCAGGUAUGGGGGUCCUGCCACCAGCUUGCAUGGACUUAGGGAUUGUUCUCAUCCUGACCACCAUCUAAGAAGGCAGCCAGACUGUGCAGAUUGCUCAAAUAAUGAUGGGAAAAUUAUACUGCUGCAAACAACCAGCCCAGCUGGGAAUAGUCACACUGAGAAGAAGCUGAGAAGUCACACUGUUUUUGAUUCUCUCCACUUCUAAUUGAUAACAGGUGACAUAGCAGAGCUUCACUCAGGCAUUACGAGGAUAUCUAUGAGCACAGGUGGCAUAGAGCUGAGGCCGGACCACCAUUAUUGAUGCUCAGGUGUUAUGGGGAUGUGUUUGAAGACAGGCCGUUCUUUAUUCAGCCAUUGUUGGCCAGCAUGCUAGCGGCACCAGUGGUUGAGCAGUUUUUCUCCAGCACUUUCAAAUCUGGCCUGUCAUGGACCAACCUGCUGUCACCAGGCCGUUUGGCAGUGAAAAGGGCCGCCGUCAUGUACAUGCACAUCCUUGCCUCCACCUCUGAUAAAGUUUUUUCAUCAAUGCUGGAGCUGCUGUGUUCUAAAAGAAAUGAUGGGCACAACAUUUUGACUGAGCAGUACAGACCAGUUUUGCAAUAUCCCACUUCCAUUCACCAGAGAGAGACACUCAUGUCCUCACCAGAGAGCCAAACCACUAUUCAAGAGCUAUUACAAAAAGAGGCCAUUUGUACUUCUGGCAGAAAAUGGGGAGAAGAGCCUGUAGUUAUUUUGUGCUUCUCAAGAAAACUGGAAACAGGAGACCGCUGCUAGGGGAGAAGGCCUAGAAACUUAAAUGUCUCUACCUGACAUACUAGCUGUGUCCCAAAAGCAUGCUGCAUACUACCACAAAACAGUACCUACUGUAUACUCAUCUCCACAGUAUACUGUUUUAGCAGUUAGUGUGGUAGAAAUAUAAUAUACUACACCAUUUUUACUAAGAGAAAAUGAGAAAACACAACAAACCUACAUUAUGUGACCUUCUGAAGACUUUGAUUUUGAGAUUUGAUUUUGACAGCUAACAUACAAAUACAAAAAAUAAAAAAAAAUGUAUGUUAACUGAUAUUUUGGUUUAUUUGAUGAAAUUCUCAUUUACUGCCUUAUGAGUAGCUCCUCCUUUUCCAUAACACACUGCACUGUGGAGCAAUAUUUUCUUGUAACUGCACACUCAAAAUACUGAGCCAAUUGAGUAUAUAUGUUGUCGUUCUUAAGUAUACUGCAUUUUCAUACUUUUACUCUGUGAACACACUACAAAACGUGGUUACGAUGAGCAUGUCUUUGGGACACAGAUAUUGACUUUUUUCAGAAACAAGAUAUUGAAGCAUCCUAUUAAAUAUUGCUGGAGAUGGGGGGGCUGUUAUAGUUCAUCUCUAUUGCCUCACACAGAGGCUAUUCCACAUGCACACUUUAAAAAAGCUGUUUGAAUUGAUCCAACCAGUGGCAAAUGAAUGGACAAGUUCUCCCGCUGCUUUGCCACCAGGAGGUCCAGGUCCUCUUUUAUUCAGACACCCUGAUUCUCAUGGCCAUUUCCAAACAGAUCAGAUGGUGCAUCAUCUGAACAAGUUAGGAUUUGCAGUCAGCUGGAGGGAGAGCACACUUCAGCCAAGCCAGCAAGCUCCAUAUUUUGUAGUGCAACUCGAUUCUGCCACGUUACAAGCCUGUCUGUUCGAACCUGGACAGAAGGCUAUUAGGAAAUAUUAUUUCCUUCCAUGGUUGAUGUCCACCGAUAGAGACAAUAUGGAGCCCCUGAGAGAGUGAGAAGCUAAAGAGAAGCUGGCUUGGAUGGCUGAGGACGGCUGAUAGGCUGAGCACGUGCAUGCAAAUUUCAGUGCGCUGAGGUGACUAGGUGAGUGGUUAAACCAAUAAAGCCCUGUUGAGAGGGCUCUGCCACGACCACAGGACUGCAGUUACCAUGCAUAACUAUCAUUCACCCCCUAUCGGUUAACAUCAGGUUGACUAUCAGUUCACAUCAUUUAUGUGGACUGUCUGGCACACAAUGUGAGCCACUUGUCAAGGACGGCCACUGCCAGCCAGAAAGACCUAUAGUCCUUCAGAGAGUGAGCAGAAUUAUGUGUCAUGAAUACACCGAAUCUUAAUAAUGUCAACAGUGUCAGACUGAAUUAUAACUAUACAGGGCUCCAGACAGAAAAAAAAGAGAGAAAUCAUUGGCUCCCAGACCCAAACUAUUUCUAAAAUAUUUGAAAAUAUGAGAAUCCCCUUACAUGUCAAAUGUGAUAGAAUAAAUAUAUAUAUAUAUGUGUUAUCGUGCACACUUAUGUGAUAUGUCCUUCAGUGUUCUCUCAGGGCUGCCUCACACUGCCUUUUCUCUCCCCUGUCUGUGGAGUCUGCUGUUGUCUCCUCCGUCUGUCAUUGUCUGCGAUGUCUUCUGCACUCUCUUAUAUGUAACACUAGAGUAAAUAACCAGGCUUAGGGAGUAAUGGAAUAAAAAUACAAAAAAUGUAUACCUAACUGUAAUUGGUUACAGCUGCAGUUUAAAAUAGUGUAAUAAGACUAUAGUUACUUUUUUAGAAAUAUUAGGAUUACUGUGGGGGUUAUUUCAAACAUUAUUGUGUAUAUAUUUUAUAUUUUCAUCUAUGUUUUCAUCUGUUCCGUUCUUUUGCAGUUCACUUGUUGCUUCUUGUGCAUAUGCCUCAGUCACUGUAGACAGGGCGGCUGGACACAAUUUUUCGAAAUGUAGUUCGGCAGGGAAGACUUCCUACUCUGCCUCUGAUUGGCCAAACCUAACCCAGCCCUAACCCUGACCAAGGAAGCAACCUAACCAACGAAUCAGAUAGGGCCACGCUACAUUUCAAAAACUGGCGAGUAGAGCAGGAGCAGGACAGUACAGGAGUGCACGCAAAAGUAUAGUAGCAAGGGACAGUCACCACUGGCAAGAAAAAAAACUAGUUGCAAAACAAAAAAAAACUUUCUGUCGCCGUCUGGAGCCCUGUUAUAUUUAUCAAUGUUGAGAAUCCAGAAACAGGGAAAUGUUCAAUACCAAAGUGGGAGGUCUGGGAGUCCUCCCCUUGUAAAUUUUCAGACUCAGAGUCUUAAUUUCCUGCCUCUACUGGCUUUUUUUUAUAUAUAAAUAGCCAUGGAAAUAUAGCACAAAAAAACUGCAUCUGCCUCUUUCCUCGAAGAACUUGUUUUAUUUAAAAACUAUAAAUCAAUUGACAGAGAUAAAGUCAUUUCACCACCGUGGUCCAAAUAGAAAUCAACUCAGCAAAUGUUGCACUUUCCUGUGAAACUUCAAGUCAGGAAGCUGAAUUCAUCCUUCCCAUGAUAGUUUAAACUUGGAGAUGUGUGUAUUUUUUUCACAUGCUAUAGGCAUGUUUAACUUAAACCACCACUGAUGUAAUAAUGCAACAACAUUUUUCAUGUAUUUUGGUGGCUGUUGAGAAACAGCAGUGAUAGUAUAGAGCUAUGUCUUACUUUAUUUGGGGUGUCAGCCGUGCCUCGGCAUCGUCUUUUUGGCACAGACAUUUUGGCAAGGCUGACAUUUAAAAUGACAACCAACAAACUGAUCGCUCACAAAAUGGAUGGGGCCUGGAUUUUUUUUUUUUUUUUUGCAUUAAUAUUUUUAACAGUAGUAAAUGAGCAGAUUUUGAGAGUUGAUCAAAAAAUGGGACAAAUGAGAUCACAGGAGAACAUCAAAGGGGAGGCAUGAAAAUCGGAAGCCUCGCAGAAAAAUGAAGAGGGUGGGCAACUAAGAUUAGAACCUCUCAUUUGGCUUGUGGUCGUGAACGCUGAGCGAACAAGUGUCAACAUCUUGCAAGUGUAAAAUACAAGUGAUGAAAAUCUUUUUUUUUUUCCACAUAAGGGAGCUCUCUGGGCUUAAAAUGGUUGGUUAAGCAGGGAGCUGCUCCAGAGCAGCAGCGGGGGUGGCAAGUGUUGUACUGCCUUUUAACAUGCCUUUGCUAGCACCUCACCACCGGGAAAUAAACUUGGGCCAGUCUGCCAGAAAAAUAGAAAAAAACAAAACACAAAAAAACACAAAGGAGGAGAUCGUUUUGACUGUGACGAAGAGUCCAAGUUCCUCUGGCAGCUUGGAGGAAAGAGACAGAGGAAGGAGGCGAUGGAGGAGUGACAGGCACGUUGAACCAUUAUGAAUCAGUGUGUCUGCAUGCAGGUGAUGUUUUACCCAUGGGUGCAUGAUUCAUCAGUGAUCAAAUGCUAGCCUGUCAUCUCCAUCCUCCGCUCCCGUUUGCCCUCUCUUGUCCUCUGUUAUUGAUGUGACUGGUCAGCUCUGACAGCAAGUACAAGGCACAUAUUUUUCUGCGUGUCGGUACGCUGCUGACAAUUUGGACUCGCAGACACUGAUUAUUUAUUGACUGGAUUUCUUCUUGAGAGGAGACGUUCCAUUUCCAGAGAGGUGGAUCCAUGCAUGUUCCCUUGUGGAAAAAUGUGGCAUUGAAGCACAGAACGCAGUGCCAGCUGAAUAAUGGCACUGCGAUUAUUGAAGCUGAUUUUUGUCUGUCUUUUUCUGUGCGGAGAAAUCUAGCUUGAUGUGUUCCUUCUUGAGUCCACAUUUCAAUCUCAACGAUUUUAGGGACUGCGACAAACAGGCUUUGUCUCUUGGAAUAAAGAAAUCGGCACUUUAUUUUGUGCUAACUGGAUAAGUUCUCGUUUUUGUUGAGGUAUCUCCUGAGUAGUGAUUGCUGUUGUGUUCUACUUUACCUGCUGCGUUACUUCACCAUGUACAUUUUUACUCAAAGGACUGUUGGUUUGUCUGUGUUGAUCAGAUGUUUGUGACGCUGAAAAUAGGAAUAGACGGGGAAAAUAAGCGAAUAAAAGAGAUCAUGAACUAUAUGGCAGAGCUGGAGAAAAGCUAUGAAAAUAAAACUGAGUCGAUUGUUAAUUUUAUCCAUAUAGGCAGUCUGUCACCCUGCAUUGCACCUAGUUUUAUGUGGCACCCCAUGUUCAUGCCUGUGACACUGUAACAUGUAAAUUAUGUGUAUGGAUGUAAUCUAAGUUCUGAAUCACUGGUUGGCCACAUACCUCAAUAAAAGAUCUUUUCGAAACA